AGAUACUCAUACGUUGGUUCUAUUAAACUGUUGUUGCCCAUCUUCUUAGACGGUGCGGGAAAUUAGCAAAAUAAACUAUAUAAUUAAUACUGAUCAGUUUGUUGUGUUAGCUAAAAGCAUGCUGCGACACUCUGCUCUGUAGGCAUCGUUUGCCCCGCAAUGUGGCUGCUGAGUUGCAGGCGCCUGCCACGCAGUGUUACGCUAUCAGCAAGCGACGGGCAGUGACAGCAACUCUUCGCAAGAGAAGAUGGCUAGAGAAACGGAAGCUAUAGUGCUGCCCCCAAUGGACUGGGCUGAUCUCUCCAUAUCCAUGCUGGAGAUGGGCUGUUCUGGACAAUUUGAAGUCAUCUCAAACCCAGCUACAGAGUCAAAUAUUCCACCCCCACACACAACGCUCCCUCAUGGCCUUCCCCCAUAUGCUGAAGACUUAAUCUCUGAAGUAGAGAAGCGUUACUUGCAUGAUCCAGAAUGGCUUCCCAUCCAUAAUUUUGAGAGGGCAUUUGAGAAGUUCCAGAAUGUAUUUACUCGGGAUCGGUGUCUUGAUUCGUUGCUUCAUCUUGACACCACUCCUAUUCACUCCACUCUUAAAGUUGUGAGAAAUCCAACUACUGGGGAACUACUUGACUUCCAGGAGGAACUACUUGAAGACACUGGUCUGUCAUCCAAAAAUUCAUUGUCCCUGCAGCGUCCUCCUGGGCCUGCUUCUCAAGGGGUUAAAGGAAGCACUACAAAUUAUCCAUUCUGGCCAGGUGGAAUGGAAGAGCCAAAUUUGGACCAGAUUAAAAAAAAGAGUCAAUUUGAAGAAGAUAUUGAUUUUGAUAAAAAUUUGCUUUCAGUUCCACCAGGAUUCAAAAAAGGAAUGGAUUUUAGCAAAAAAGACCUUAAUGGCCCAUUUUCCUCAAUCAAUUUGUUCUCACUUCUGUCCUCUGUUGAUGAUGAUGCUUUUGAUCUGGGCAAUGAGGAGAAGGAGGAAAUACAUAUAGGGAAAGUCAAUGGGCAGAAGGAAGAUCAGCCUUCUAAAAAGUCUCUUCAAAAGACUAACAGCUUAGAAGAUCUUGGUGUUGAGAGUUCUGUUACAACCUCAGAUGCUAUUCUGCCUUCACCCUCUUCUACCCCAGUGGUGAAAGAACUGGAAAAAGAGCACUGGGCUAUUCCAGUAGAUGUCCACACUCCCUGUACUGACUUCUAUAAACGCAUUCCUGAUCCUGCAUUUAAGUGGCCAUUUGAGUUGGAUAUAUUUCAGAAGCAGGCCAUAUUACACCUGGAGAACCAUGAGUCUGUAUUUGUGGCAGCUCACACCUCUGCUGGAAAAACAGUUGUAGCGGAGUAUGCUAUUGCUCUUUCACAGAAGCACAUGACUAGAACAAUCUACACAUCACCCAUUAAAGCCCUAUCUAAUCAGAAGUUCAGAGAUUUCAAAACUACUUUCCAGGAUGUGGGAUUGUUAACUGGGGAUGUGCAGCUCCGGCCAGAGGCAUCGUGCCUCAUUAUGACUACUGAGAUUCUCCGAUCAAUGCUAUAUAAUGGAUCAGAUGUUAUCAGAGACUUGGAAUGGGUGAUUUUUGAUGAAGUUCACUACAUCAAUGAUGCAGAGAGAGGAGUAGUCUGGGAGGAGGUAUUAAUAAUGUUGCCAGAUCAUGUCAACAUCAUCUUAUUGAGUGCUACCGUGCCCAACACAUUGGAAUUCGCUGACUGGAUUGGCCGAAUCAAGAGAAAGAAGAUUUAUGUAAUAAGUACACUAAAGAGGCCUGUACCACUGGAACAUUACUUGUACACAGGAAAUAGUACCAAAACUCAAAAAGAGCUGUUCUUGUUGGUGGAUGCAUCUGGCAGUUUCCUUACAAAAGGGUAUUAUUCUGCUGUAGAGGCAAAAAAGGAACGCACAAGUAAACACGCUCAGUCAUUUGGUGCAAAGCCUGCAGCUCAUGCAGCGACAGCUAGUCAGGAUCGAUCAGUUUGGUUGUCUCUUUUAGAUGCUUUGUAUAAAAAAGACCAGCUUCCUGUUGUUUGUUUCACAUUUUCACGGUCCCGCUGUGAUGAGAACGCUCGCGGCCUUGUUACACUGGACCUUACCACCAGUGCUGAAAAGAGUGAGAUCCAUGUUUUCUUUCACAAAUGCAUUGCACGACUGAAAGGUACAGACAAGCAACUUCCACAGGUCCUGCAAAUGAUAGACCUUCUGAAAAGAGGAAUUGGAGUUCACCACAGUGGGAUCCUGCCAAUUCUCAAAGAGGUUAUUGAGAUGCUGUUUACCAAAGGCCUUGUAAAGGUGCUGUUUGCAACAGAAACAUUUGCUAUGGGAGUGAAUAUGCCAGCAAGGACUGUGGUGUUUGACAGCAUUCGGAAGCAUGAUGGAACAGCGUUUCGGGACCUUCUCCCAGGUGAAUAUAUUCAAAUGGCGGGGAGGGCUGGCCGUAGAGGUCUUGACACCACAGGCACAGUAAUAAUCCUGUGCAAGUCAGGAGUUCAUGAAAUGGCUGACCUGCACAAGAUGAUGUUGGGCAAGCCAACUAUGUUGCAGUCCCAGUUUCGCCUUACGUACACCAUGAUCCUGAAUCUGCUUCGUGUGGAGGCUCUGCGUGUAGAAGACAUGAUGAAGCGCAGUUUUUCGGAAUUUCAUACACGGAAGGAUAGCAAAGUUUAUGAGCAGAAGAUUGCUGAAAUGACCAAGACAUUAGCAUCGAUGCCAGAAGUUGAUAAUGUUGGACAGUUGUGUGAUUUAGAGAGCUACUAUGUAACUGUCCAAGAGAUAAUUCACACCAGAAGAGAAUUACAGAAAAGAGUUAUGGAGUCUGUUAAUGGACAGAAGGCACUCUCAGUUGGGCGAGUAAUUGUGGUCAAUAAUUUGAAGCAUAAAAAUGCAUUGGGGGUCAUUUUACAGGUUUCAUCAGAUGCAGUAAGCCGUACAUUUACCACACUAGUUCUUUGUGAAAAAAAUACAGAGCAGGUUGUGCCUCAAGAUGAUAAGGCAGCACUCACCCCAGAGGAUCUAGUACCAAGGAAGCUCUUCCUGCCUGACGGACCUUGUAGCAGCAUUAUAGAGAAGCUCAAAUCAGAAGAUAUAUUUAGUGUAACCGGCAAAACACUCAAAAUUCACACUGAUAGAAUUAUCGAUGACUUCAAUAAACGACAGAUGCCACGGUUUAAACAUGAUCCUCCAGGUCAGGCUGUUACUACAACAACCCAAGAGCUUCUGAGGCUUACUGAAUCAAACCCAAAUGGCAUUCCAGCGCUGGAUCCAGUGAAUGAUUUUCAAAUAAAAGAUUUAGAAGUUGUUGAAGGCUCAAUGAGGCUUAGACAUUUGGAGGAAGUACUGGGAACGUUUAACUGUGUACACAGUCCAAAAUUCUCUGAGCAGUAUAACAGGCUAAAUAAACGAAUGCAGAUUCAGGAUGAGCUUGAUCGAUUACGAUACCUUAUAUCAGAUCAAAGCUUGCUUCUUCUUCCAGAAUAUGAGCAAAGAAUUAAGGUUCUAAAAGUUCUAAAAUACAUCGAUGAUUCUUGCACUGUGCAGCUCAAAGGACGUGUGGCCUGUGAAAUCAGUAGCCAUGAACUGAUGGUAACUGAACUUGUCUUUGAUAACGUGCUGAGUGACCUGCCACCCGAGGAAAUCGCCGCUUUGCUGUCAUGUCUGGUGUUCCAACAGAAGACCCAGGUUGAACCGGAGAUCAGUACUUCUCUUCAGGAGGGUGUAAAGCGCAUCGAGAGUGUAGCUGAACGUAUAGCAUCUAUCCAGAGGGAUUGUGGUAUGCGAGAGUCGGUAGAAGACUACGUGGCACAAUUUAAAUUUGGUCUGUUGGAGGUGGUGUACUGCUGGGCAAGAGGCAUGCCCUUUUCUGAGAUAGCUCUGCUUACGGAUGUCCAGGAAGGCAUAGUGGUGCGUUGCAUCCAAAGGUUGGAUGAAACAUGCCGGGAUGUAAGGAAUGCUGCACGGAUCAUCGGUGACCCUGUGCUCUAUGCCAAAAUGGAACAAGCAUCAAUGAUGAUCAAGCGUGAUAUCGUUUUUGCCGCCAGCUUGUACACCCAAUGAGCAAUUCAUUUUUGGACUCAUUAGAGCAAAUGAGAUGUGAACAUUGUUGCUGGGAGUUUUUUUGUUCCUUGUGCUUGAGAGACGAGAGAUGACAAAGACAUUAAGAUGUCCCACAUUAUCAUAUUAAAAAAAUAAUAAUUCUGACCAUCUUUGAGGAAUGUAGGCCACCUGAUAAACAUAGCAUUAAAAACUAUAUGAAAACGGAUCAGCCAAAGAAUAAAAAAAUAGACAUAAGUACCCAAAUAUAGAGGAGGGUAGAGGUACACAUAGAUAUCAGCAAACUGUGUGGUGAAAGAUUUGGUCACAUACUAAAUCUAUGCAUUAAAAAGACAAAUGUCACUGGAUAUAUAGUGUCAGUCGAUAACAAACUUCUUUCAAGGGUUAAUGUAAAUAACAAAAUGUUAAAAUUAGCAUAUUUUUUUUAUUUCUUAGCAAACCUUUAACCGUUUAAAAGAAAUUAUUGAAAUCGGUGGAUGAGUGAAUGGACAAAAGUAUUGACGCUUCUUCCUCACUGCUUGAGGGACUCUCAUUUUAUUCUUGGCCUGGAUAGUGUUUGUGUCUGAUGUUUGCACGUUACUUACUCCUUGUCCAUACAGAUUUUCUAUUGGUGGUCACACCCUAAAGAAGUACAAGGCAGGUUAAUGACAGAUGAACUGAUGUCACUGAACCGGCCUGGUGUAAAUGUCUAUGGAUGUGUGCCAUUCAAUCGAGUCCCAUCUCUUUUAAGGUUGGUUUCUGGUUUGUUUGUGCUCACAGCUUCUGGAAAAAAUGUUUAGAAAAUGAUUGGUUGUUCUGAAUUGUUUUUUUUUUUUUAUUAUUUUGCAUUUCAUUAAUACAUUGUCCAGCCCACUCAGCAAGUUUAGUGUCAUGCGGAGCUGCUGCCCAUUCUAACAGCACUGGGCUUAAUGCAGGAGCUAACCCAAAACUGGGCAAAAUUCGCUCAUACUGAGCUGAUUUAGAAGGGAACUGAGUCCAGAACUGAGGUGAUAACAUGCAGCAUCAUUAAGCACAUCACUAACAUUUCAGAUUGUCAAUGAAGAAUAAAUUAACCAAAAACAUUGUAAAGAAUGUGAAUUCCAUGAUGAGGUUUGAAAACUCAUAUAAUUCAGAUCAUUGGGAGUGUCUCGUUAUUUACAUACCCAUACUUUUAGUGAAUUUAAUCUUUCAUCCUCGGGGCUGAAGAGAGCUCUUCUGUUUUGCUAGCAACCAUCAAAAACACAGGCAUCUGGACAGGCAGACAGAUAUUUAAUCGAAUUGAGCCAAAGUGCACUGUGCCAGCUACUUGAAAAUGCACACCUAAUUGUCUGUUUUUAUUCAUUUUGAUUAUUGAGCAUAUUUAAAUAAUUUCACAGAAAACCCCCAAUGUGCAAGUGUAACUUUGUCACUGGACAUUUAAGACCAUUCGCGCUAUCCUGGGCUUUGGGUAUUGCUAAUCCUGAACAGGGAAAUUAAAAAGGAGCAAUAAAGGGAAUGAUCCAUUCUUGGACAUUUUAAAAA